UGGGGCCCGGCGCAGCGCGCAGCUCCACUCGAGGAGACUGAACUGUCUCCGCCCGUACUGCUGCUGCACGGCAGACACGUGCUGCGGGAGCGCGGCGCUUGACCCCCGCAGAGCUAUCCGCUGGCUGUUAUACGGAAGACGUCUAAGGAUACCGGCGACACGAUGUCAGACAACAGCGGAGUGGAGAAUGAUUUCAGAAAGGCUGAUGUCUCUAAAAAACGAAAUUCAAUUAAGAAAAAAGUUCAGAACUUUAGCAGCGAACAUGAUGACGCGGCCCUCGUCCCAUUACUCCAAACGAACAAAGAUAAACCUGAACGUAAUGCCCCAAGUGCCAAGUUCACAUUGCCAAAAACAAAGACUGAUUCAUUAAGUGAAAAGGAUAUUCAAAGUGUUGAUGUAGAAAAAGGGAGUUUAUCGAAACCCUUAUAUGAUAAUGCAAUUGUCGUUUGUAACCCUGCAGUGGUUCAGAAUCAUAUGAACACAAACGUGUUUGGUGAUAUGAUUACGUCAGAAGUGCCAAAGUCCUCGGUCCUUAUUGAAAUAAGCGAAAAGAAAUCGACUGGUUUCGGUACACCGUUAAUUUUCACCACGGCAAAGAUACACACAGAUAGUAAAACGAAGACAGCAGAGCCGUUGCACGUUACGCCAGUGCCGAUUCUGUCUACGAUCGAAGGGAAUCUAGUAAAAUCGGAAGUUACAUACGAAAAAACUAAUAUAUUGCCCGGGAAAAAUGAACCCACAGGCAAAGCAUUUGAAAAGGGCAAAGAUGUCCAUUCUCAAAUUAUUAAUAAAGAUGAUGCAAGUGGAAUAAAUCAAUCUAAAUCGUCAUCAAAUAAGUUCGCGGAUCAAGUUAAGACGUCUGUCGCGCAACCAUCUCAAUCAAAUAUAGCAACUAAAUCUGAUACAACAAAAGUUAGUACUGUCACUACAAAUAGGACAGAUACUACAGAAAACUCAAAUGUAAAUAGCACAGUCUUGUCCAACAAAUCAAAACCUGAUAGCACGAGCAGUAUGAAAAAAUUACAACGCCAAAAACAUACAGAGGAAACAAAUAUAUCGCAAAAUGACUUGGUUAUUAAAAAAGACUCUGAUAUGGUUAAAAUAGAUAUAAAAACGAAUGGAACAACACGAAGCGAUGUUAAAAGAUUUUCAGCCAUUCACUCUGUCAAAAGCCCGUCAGAACAAAAAAAGUCUAUUCCAACGGUUAAGUCAAUCACAAAUACGGAAGGAAAAGAAAUGGAGAAGUUACCUAUGGCUUCGAAAGAAGAUGUCACAACAAAUACAGAAAAACCGUUAACGCAAAAAAUAACCACUACAGUUGCAAAGGAAAUACCUAAAUCUCCCUUUGUCAGUUCCAUUACAUCCACAGUAAAACCUACGUUGGCGCAAAAAACAAUUACUUCAAGCCCAGAAAGUAAAGAAGCGACUAAAUCUUUUGCUAUGUCUUCAAAAGGUGAAACUGCAUCAUCAGUUGCAACAUUUGAAAAUACAUCAACGCAAAAAUCAAUAACUAGUACUAAUACGGGUACAGAACUAAAAAUGUCUUCCAAAGUGGAGGCGUCUUCAUUCGCAACACAACCUGGCGUUACGUUAACCCACAAAACAAUUACUCCAAUUGACACGGGCGCAAAAGGCAAAGAUGCUAAAUCGUUUGUGUCUCCAAAAGUUGAGGCAACAACUAUUACAACAAAACCUAGUACAUCAUCACAAAAAACAACUCCUACGGCUUCAGAACCGAAAGAUAAAACCCUUAUGUCUUCUAAAAUUGAUGCAGCAUCUAUUGUAAAACCAGCAACCGCGUCACCAACUAUCAAUACAAUAAAAACAGAAGUAAAAGAUGCUACAAAAAUACCUGUCAGUUCAAAACAUGAAGUGCCAACAGUAAAAACUGGAAGCUCGUCAACUGAAAGGGCAAUUACCACUUUAAAACAGGAGCCGAAGACAUCUGUGAAACCCAUAUCUACGCAAAAAAUGGCUACCACCAGUACAGAAGCUAAAUCAGCAAUUCCUACGGCAAAACCAGAAGUUAUAAAACCAGCUCAAAAAACAUUACAGAUCACAACAGAACCAAAAGUAGCUUCGACUAAAAUACCAUCAAAAUCAGAGGUUUUAUCGUCUGUAUAUAAACCUACGAUGGCGCAGAAAACCACUCCUGGUAACACUGGCACUCAAGAUAAAGAAACGACUAAAUCUCUUGCUAUGUCUUCAAAACUUGAUACCGCAUCUAUCGCAACAAAACCUGGAGCUACGUCCACGCAAAAAGCACCAUCAAAUACAGCGACGGAAGCAACUAAAUCGCCAAUAUCAAAACAUGAAAUUGUGAAACCCACUCAAAAAGUACCAACCAAAGGAAAGGAAUUGCCAACAUCGAUAAAAACACCCAAAACUUUAGCAAAAUCUGACAAAUUAAAAUCCCCAACUCAAAUGCCAUCUCAGAGUCAAGUACCAGGAGCGAAUAAACCAAGAACAGCUAGUGAAGUUGCAGGUAAUGCAAAGACUAAAGUACCUUCAUACAUUGUAGCAACGUCGAAAACCAAAAUAGGUACUCCAAAUAAACUUGAAGACUCCAGUGCAGCAACUACUUCAGUAAGACAAGAUUCAAAAGACGGUAAGUCGGAUACAAAGAAUGCACCAAAAUCAUAAAUUUUAUGUUUUAGUCGAUUUGAGUCUAAGAUUAUUUCUUUAGCUACUGGAAAUUAUUAAAUAUUGGUGCUAAUUGUAAUGUAUGUACUAACAUGUCUAAAUAUCAGAUUACAUAGACUAUUAUUUAUUUCACAGACAACAGAAUGCUUAGCUAUUUUCUUAAACGAUUUUUUCAUAAAUACACAUUUUUAUUAUAUUCGAUUAUUUUCUCAUAAUUAACAUUACCUGAUUAAGACUCUUUUAUAAAUUGCUACGCGUCGUUUUUUAUGUUAAAUAGGUACCAAGAUUGUCAAACUAAAAUGAAGUAACUAGGUUGUUAACAACUAAAAGGUACCAACCACGAGAAUUCUCUUUUCUCAGAAUCUUUGUCAAAAACUUAGGGAAAAAAGCGAACCAAUUCUUAAAAUGCCGGCAACGCACAACUUUGUGGCAAUGGCAGUGUCCAUAUCACUUAAUAUCACCAUUAAAAAAAAAAGUUUGUAGUACAUUAGAAUAAGCACCAAUAUCUGAUACAAUUUGCUUGUAUUUUUUUUCAAUAUGGUCUUUAAUUGUAAAAUAAAUUAAAAUAAAGUCCACCGUAUAUAAUUUGCUCACUUAGGUAAUCAUAAUGUAAUUGAGUGUAAAUUAUUAUAUAAUAUUUACUAAUGUAAGGGUAACUAAGUUGCUGGUAUUUGGUAAUACUUUAAAAGUAAACAGCCAUCUUGAAGUUAGCGGUGCUGAAUAUUUUCAUAGACAAUAUUUGAUUGCUAUCAUCAAUUUGAAGGCGAUGAGUUUCGUCUCGAACACUGUCAAUUUUAAUAAUUUAACACAAUUAUGAAAUGUCAAAUGUCACGUAUGAAAUUGAGAGAAUAAUAAAAAUGGCAGGGUAGAUACAGAUAAUACGAAAUGAUUAAGAUUUUUGAUGUGUUAAUUUAAUAUACUUUUGUAUGUGAUAUUUUGAAAUUUUAACAGAAACAUAAAAAUUUACUUUACAAAAUCAUUAACAUUUUUAUAUUUUAUACAAUAUAAUCUACUUUAUUUAAAAACUUAUAUGGCUCAGAACAUAUGUAAAAUAGCGUUUCAAUAAGGUUGGUUAAACGCUUAGUAAAUAGCUGUUUUUUUUGUGGAAAUUAUUAAGAAAAGUAUUGCACUUGGCUCAAGAAAAUUUUCACAAAGUACUUUAACUUUGUAUAAAAAUAUUAAGAGUCUUUUUGCUCCUAACUGUAUUUUUAAUCUGUGAUUAUUUUUUAAAUAUAAAUGUUACUAGACAAAAUCCAAUACAUAUUUGUUUUAUAAUUUAAAAAGUUCCUUGACUGCGAAAAGGUCAAUAAAUACUAUUCUAUACUAUAAUACAAUACACGCGAGAUUUGAUUUUUUUUCAAAGAGUUCUAAUCAAUUUCCGCCUUUAUAAUUAUUCAGAUUUAAUAUAUCAAUACAUUAACUUAAAUACGAAGACAAUAUUAUUAAUAUUUUAUGUUCCUAUGCGUUUAAUUUUAAGAAAGUUUAUUUUAAUUAUAAAAAAUAUAACUUGUGGUAUCGAUUUUUGAAAAACAAUGGCAUAUAUAUAUAUAUAAAUAAAUAGUAGAACAAACGAACCUUAAAUACUAAUGUGUGUAGUCCUGUUAAAAUUUAGUUUAGAAUGUGAAAAUUAAUCUUCAGAAUAGAAUUUCCAAAUUUAGUAGCCUAACUCAUGGCAGUAGAGGCCAGAUUUGUAGGAAAACUCUUGUUUUAUUAGUUGAGCUUAUAUCUUUCAGUAUAAAAUGUUCAUAUACAAAAUAUUGGUGUAUUAACUGUUCGAUUGGGUGUUAUUUAUGAAAGAUUAUAUAAUAAGAAAGCCGUGCAUAACCACGUACGCUAGAAAUCCAUAGUUUUGCACAAAUCACUUAUAAAUAAUAUUCAUUUCUUUUUUAAUAAACUUCGAUUUGGCAGUUGCCAAUUUUUUUAAAAAUGGCGGACUGUCUAUUGUCUACUACAUUGUAGUUUGCUAUGUAUCUCUGUAAAAAAAAAGAAAAAAAUACUUAUGUUAGAUUGACCGUAAGACCUGGCCGGACGACAAAUAAAAAAAAGAAGUUGUAAAUUGUUCAAGAUUCCCGCUCAAAACAGUACCAAAACAAGCACCCAUUGUGCGUGCUUUUGGUUGAUUUGGCAUAAUUAUGGCAUUUCCGAAUAGCUUCAAAACAAUGACUGAAUCAUGAAGCUAUUUAUUAAUUAAGUAAACGAGUACCUAAUAACAUCUAAAUAGGUAGAUGUGUUGUACCAUAUCCAAUAUCCAGUAAUGUUAAGUCGAAUUAGAAUCUAGACGUGUUUAGAUGUUAUAACAAUUUUUAAGACCGUAGUUAUGCAACAUUGUAAGUAUUCAAUUUUAUUUAGAAGUAUUUAUUUUGAUAAAAUGGUUUUACCCCGUUACGUUUUAUAUCAAUGUUUACAAUUAUUUGUUAGAAAUAGUUGUUUUAUAAGAAUAUCAAAUACCUUUCUACAUUUUUGAUGAACCAUUUUGUGAAAUGGUUUUUAUGGAUGUUAAUUUGAUUGACAACAUUUCAUUUUGUGGUUAAUUCUUUUGUCGAAGACGAACAUUACAAAUAUUUGUUGUCUAAACGCCAAAUGACACUGGCAACCAUUUUGCAAUAAAUUGUCAUAAUGUUAAUAAUGUUGGCAGCUAUUUAAAAAUGUAUUAAAAUACAACACGGUAUCAUCUAAUUAAAAAUUAUUUUAUCUGUUUAAUUAUCAUGAUAAAGAUUGUUUUCAAAUUUUGAAAUGUUGUCAAUUGUCACAAAAAAUAUUUUAAUGGUUAAGAGACCGACGUCAAACGUGGUUAAAAAUAUCUUUGUUUAAUAUGUGAAUAUUUUAAAGUCGACAGUCAAAGAUCCUCCGUAUUAUGUUCUUAAUGUAGAAUUUGGCGCCAAAUGAAAUUUAUACACAGAAAAAUGACCGUUUACCAUACGUACAGUUUCCCACAAAUUUAUACGCCUAAUAUUAGAAAUUGUUGUUAACUCGAUGUAUUUUAGAGAAUUAUUCAAUUAAUCGAUGUUAUAUAGAUGUUUAUUGUAAAUAUAGUAUAUAAUUUUGAUGAAGCCAAGAAAGUUCUGAGUGUUAUAGAUGGCUGUAUUUUUGGGUGAUAUUUUAGAUGGUCAGCAUAUCUUUGAUAGCAUUAUAUGAAAGGAUGGAAUGGGCAAAGAAUUAUUUAGAAAUGAUGUGAUAAAUAUGCAUUUAGUUCUAGAGUUG